AUGGAGCAAACUACGGCAACUGAAAUCGCAACCUUCCCCCCUCGUUAUCUCCUCGAAAAUAUUGUCGUUCGCCACGAUGGUUCAAUCAUCAUUACAGCCUAUAAUCAAAGGGAGCUUUACUAUUUGCCCAAUCCAGGUCAGAGUGAAGUAAAGCCUCGGUUAAUGUACACGUUCAAAGACUAUCCCACCGGAAUUGUUGAAGCAACCCCUGAUGUUUUCUAUAUUUCCACGGUUUCAAUCAUGCGUGGAAAGUUGGAAGGCAAUCCAGCACGUCUCUACAAGCUAGACAUGCGCAAUUUCACCGGUGAUCUUCCAGAACCAGUGCUUGCACUUACAUUCCCUCCCGAAGCCCUUGGGUUGAAUGGUUCUUGUGCCUUGUCUCCAUCUGUCCUCUUACUCGCCGACUCCUGGGCUGGUCUUAUAUGGCGUGUGGAUGUUCCAGAAAUCGAUUCUACGCCUCCUUCCGUCCAGGUGUGGUAUAAACAUGACAUGAUGGGCCGUGGUAAAAACCCCAGGACGAUCGAUGUUCCCGGCAUAAACGGGGUCAAGUACCAUUCCCGCCUCUACCAAGUAUACUUUACCAACACAGCGCAAACUAUCUUCGGGCGAGUUCAAGUUGACCCAGCUACUUUGGGGCCACUUGGUGAUCCCGUCGAGGUUACUGACCGCUGGAUGUGGGCGGAUGACUUUAUCAUUGACGAGAGGGCCAAUGUCGCGUACGUCACCACUCACCGACAGAAUAGUAUCGAGAAGAUCCAUCUCAAGACUGGAGUGAGACAGAAUUGCAUUGGGAAUCCGCUCACUCUAAAGUUGUUGGGUCCUACAGCCGGUGCGUGGAGUCACCAGUCCAAGGAUUAUGGCCGUGUGGCAUAUUUUCUGACUGAUGGCGGACAUAUGAAUCCGUAUGAGGGAGUCUUUAGGGAUGCAAAGGUUUUGCGGGUUGAAUUUCCUUCUGAAAUCGCUGCUUAG